UCUCGGCCAUAUCCACAUAGGUUUUUAAAGCUUCAGUUUGGCAACACAUUCAUCAUUCAUAGCACAAUAACGAUUGAAAAUGCCUGAAAUCUAAUGAUUCACAACCAAUAAUUUAUUAGAAUUGAAUUCACAAACUCUAAACCCCAAAUCAAUUUCACAAUCCAAUGUCAACUUCUCGUCGCUGCAUAAACUGCAGCAAAACCUCAUUCACCCGCGACGACGAAACCGGCGGUUCAUUCUGCUCCUCAUGCGGCGCAGAACAGCACUUCGAUCAAUUCGAAACUUACACCAUCGGAAUCAACGGUCCACAAGGAACCUUCAUCCACAUCGGAACCUCCGGUUCAGGUACUAUCUACUCUUACAAAGACCGUAAAUUAUUCUCCGCUCGUAAUUCCAUUGAACAAUUCACCAUUAAAUUAGGUUUAUCUUCCAAGAAAAUUGAAAUUAAUACUAUGAUUAGUGAUAUCACUGAUGGCGAAUUCGGUCAAGGGGAUUGGUUUCAGGUUUUAAUUGGAGCAUGUUGUUAUGUUGUUAUGCGGAGAGAUGAACGUGCUUUAUCCAUGAAUGAAGUUGCGAAUGCUGUUGGUUGUGAUGUUUUUGAGCUUGGGAAGAUGGUUAUUAGGGUUGUUGAUUAUUUGGAUUUGAGAGGGAGUGAUUUUCCGGAUUUUGAUAUUGUGCAUUUGUUGAAAAGGAGUGUUGAUAGUUGUCGUUGUUUUAGGGAGGUUGAUAGGAGUUUGGUUGAUAGAAUGAAGAAACAAGGGGUGUUUUUGUUGCAAUGUGCGGUGAAAUUGUUUUUGAGUACGGGGCGUAGGCCGUUACCUUUGGUGGUUGCGGUUUUGGUUUUGGUUGCGGAGAUUAAUGGAGUUGAUAUUCGGUUGGAGGAUUUGGCGAAGGAGGUUCAUGCUAUUGUUUCGACUUGUAGAACUAGGUAUAGAGAGCUUCUUGAGACGCUUGUCAAUGUUGCGCAAGUGUUGCCUUGGGGGAAAGAUAUUACGAAGAAAAAUAUAAUUAAGAAUGCGCCGUUUGUGAUUCAGUAUAUGGAGAAGAAGUCUAUGUCGAAGCCUGUUGAGAAGAGGAAGGAUGUUGAUCAGACUGGGUUGGAUUUGGCUGAUGUGGUUGAUGAGUGCUUAACACAGGAGGGGCAAUACGAGUAUGGGGUUGAUGGAUUAAUUCACCGAAAAGAUUCUCAGUAUUUUUCAUUGCAAAGUAAUUGUGAUAGAGAAGGCAUCGUGGAUGAUGAAAGGUUACAGAUUUCACCUGAAUGUUUGUCUUUGAUGUAUGACAAAUUUUUAAAUGAGAAUCGUGAUGCCAUGUCUUCAAGGAGUGCAAAUGUUCAGAAACGAAAAAGGUUGGAGCUUGAUUUUCAGGAGUGGUGGAAUGAAGAAUCAGAACUGAGCAGAAAGCUUAUACUGAAAGAGUUACUAGAGAAGGAUAUUGGGGUGGAAACCAUGCCACCAUCAUUUGUCAAUGGUCAAUUGAAAUGUAAAAUGAGGCGAGAGAAGAUCAAUGCUGCAAAGAAGCGGAUAAAAAGAAUAACUCAUCCAUUACAUUCUGAUCUUGGUGAUACUGCAAAUCUUGGCAUUUUAGAUAGCACUUGCACUGAGAGAAAGAAGAAAAGAAGAGGAAUGGCAGUUGAUGGUAUUGAUUGGGAAGACUUAAUUAUUGAGACACUUGUUCUUCAUCAAGUAAAGGAUGAGGAAAUCGAGAAGGGGCAUUACAAUACCUUACUAGGCCUAUAUGUGUUCAACUCUGGCGUUGUAUAAGAGAAGUUUAAGAUGUAAAAACAUUAUAUGAGAAGAAUUAAGAAUUUCAGAUUUACCGGCAUUUCAAUUAUCCAUUGAUAUUUUUUCACUGAUCAAUCAUAUGAAUUAUCCGAUAUUUUAAUGCUGCA